CUUCCGGUUCCGUGCGAGUUCUUUGGCCAGUAACCUGUGGUUGUGCACCUUUUUCUAACGACUUUUGUAAACAUCCACAAUUUUUGAUGAAUAAAAAACCCAAGCACAACGUAUUUUUGUAAACAUUUUAUGCAAAAAGGUUUCGGCUGGUGAAAGUCAAAGUGCAAAAUUGGCCCAGAAACAACAAGUAUAGUUCAUAAACUAGUUUCCAACUCGGUUGCAUGUGUGUGUCUGUGUGAGUGGUGUGUGUGUGUGCAAUUGAUUAAACAAAAUAAGGGUAACCUAGGCCAACUGAAAGCGGAGAGACCCCACCAAAGGCAGCGGACUAAAUUGCCAAAUCCGAAUCCGAAUCCGAAAUCCGAGUCCAAGACCCAGUGAGAUGGGCUGCAAUACCAGCCAGGAGCUGAAGACGAAGGAUGGCGCCGCCAUGGACGCGGUUAGCAAUGGCGAACCGGAGCCGAGUGCUCCUCCCCUGGAGGGCGGCGAGUCCUCCAAGUCCUCCGCGGGCAAUCAUUCAAAUCACGCCAAAUCAAAUUCAAUUAUCUCCAAUGGCGAUGCAAAGGCGGCCAACGGGGGCGGCGGCGUGGGCGGGGGGAGUGGCAAGUCGGAAGCAACAAAUGGCAUUGACCGACCCUGCGACAAGGCGGCAAUCACUGAGUUCAACGACGACGACGAGGACGAAGCAAAAGCCGCAACAAAAAUCCAAGCCGUCUUUCGGGGCCACAAAGUGAGAGAAACCAUGAAAAAAUCGGAAACCAAAACUGUGACCAACAACGGCAGUGCCGCCGGUGCCGCUCCAUCGGCAGCAGCCGCCGAGGCAGCCGCAUCCGCGGAGCCAACCAAAGCCGAACUAGAGGCUGAAUUCGAUCCCAACGACAAGGAUCUGUGCCACGCUGCAUUGAAGAUUCAGUCCACUUUCCGUGGUCACUUGGCACGCAAACUGGUCAACAAGGAUGCGCCCGAGGACGAGGACAUCCAGGAGAUAACCAAGAAGGUGGCCGAGGAGCUGGACAUAGACCUAACCGAUCCCGAGCUCAACAAGGCUGCCACCAAAAUCCAGGCCUCGUUCCGCGGCCACAAGACCCGCAAGGAUGCCAAUCCCGAGUAAGGAGCUCGCCAGUUGAAUUUUGUUGGUCCUGGCUGGCCAAGUCACAGAUGAAGCUUAAUUAAUGCAUACAUGUGCAAGUGAAUAAAAAAUUUGGUAAAUUGUAAAUGUGUAAAAGGCCAAUCGAGAUGAGGGCACACAAUUGUAAACUUUUUAGUGAAUAUGUUUUAGCCCAAUGGCAAAAUGGCAAACCCAAAUGAUUCUCAUAAUAAUUAAAUAAACUAAGUCGAGGGCAAAGUUAUAUAUUAUUUGCAAAGCUUUAAUAAAUUAAUAAUGAGAUUAACUUUUGUCGGAUAAGAAAGAUAAUUACCGAAAAAUACUUGCAGCUUGUCUUGUUUAAUUACUAACCUCUAGAAUGGUACAUUUGCGUUGGUUAAUGUUUAAUUAAAUCGUACUUUGGUUUUUGGACUUUCCAAUUAAUCCCAAGGCAGUAACUAAAGCAAAACCAAAAGUAAACUAAAGUUAAAUUUUCAAAGAAAAACCUAAUGUUACAAAAAGAUAAAUAAAAGGCACGAUGUUCCAUAAAAUUUAUUGUAGGAAAAUGCGAAACCAAACAAAAGACAAAUGCAAGGAAAAUGCUGAACAAAUUUUUGGGAAAUCAUUUCCAUUUUGUCUGGCCAAUGCCAAAAGUAAAAAAUUAAUUGUACCUACAUGCGUAUGAACAUGAAUAUGAAGUAAAAACCAAAGAAACUCAA